CAUCAACAUAUAUAAAGCUGACACCGGGUAUUCAGUAGGCGGUGGUUUGUCGACAUGGUAUUCCAUCCUAUAUUGUCGAUGUUUUGAUUCGGUGACUAUCUUCCUGGGACUAUCGUAAGUUGACGUGGCAGUAUUUUGAGCAGUGAAGGCUGCCUUGGCCUCUCAUCUUCAAGGGAGGUUAGCGUCCUCCAUGUAUAGGUAGAGCAAGGCACUCCCGCAGGGAAAUGGCUGACCCAUUCAUGUUCUUUCCGCUUAGGGCUCUUGGUUACGGCUACGCUAUUGGCGUGGGCCUGCGCUACCGCUUUUGUGACGAGCUGCAGAACUCAUGCAAGACGUUCGGGCUGACAUUUGUCAUGUGUCAUGUGGCGCACAGCAUCUGGGAGAACACUGAUCUCCCCAAGUCCCAAGUUGCCAUCAUCGCCACGGACGCUCUCAUCUUUGACGCACUGUCCUCCCUGCUCAUACCCACCCUCAUCACUUACUACGUCAGUCACACUUGCCGAAGCAUCCUAAAGAACUCGGACAACGUCCCUAAACCUAUGUACAAGUGGGGGCCCCUGCUAUCCGGCCUGCUAGCCCUGUGCCUGUCUGUGCGCCCCGUGAAUGCGCUGGUCAACGUGCUGAUGGACUCGACCAUCAGGAAUUGCUACGUCAUCCCCGUCACGAAUUGAGUCGGCGUCAUCACCAUCGCGUAUUGAAUCGGCGUCACCCCAUAACUUAUUAAGUUGGCGUCAUCACCAUCACCUAUUGAGUCGGCGUCACAACAUCACCUCCAUCAGCGUUUGCAUAACAUCAUCCACUGAUAUUAUGAAUAAAUAUUCAUCGACAAUAAAUUUUCCAUAAUAAUU